AGGUUGGAACCUCCAUAUUAACGGGGACAAUUCACCAAUGUCGAUGUCAGUAUGUGGUAAGAUGCCACACAGUUACUAAAAUACCAUGAGUUCUAUUCAGGGGCGGACUGACAACUCAUGGGGCCCCCAGGCAAUAGGGGAUCAUGGGGCCCCUGUGUCCUUGCCCAAACUCAAAAAAUCCUAUGAAAAAGUACCAGGGGCAUCUCAUGGGCCCUACUGACCACGGGCCCUCAGGCAGUGCCCGAGUUUCCAAAUGGUCAGUCCGCCCCUGAUU